UUUUUUUUGUCUUUUCUUUCAAAAUAAUUCCUUCUAUGCUCCUCUAGUUUUGAAAGGAAAUUUUAAUCCUAAUACAAAUUUAGUUUUGUUUUGUAUGGGUAAUGGGUCGGGUUAAACUACAAAUAAAGAGAAUAGAAAACAACACAAAUCGACAGGUGACAUUCUCUAAACGCAGAAAUGGACUCAUUAAAAAAGCUUAUGAACUCUCAAUUCUUUGUGACAUUGACAUUGCUCUCAUUAUGUUUUCCCCCUCUGGCCGUCUUAGUCACUUUUCCGGCAAAAGAAGAAUUGAAGAUGUCCUUUCUCGUUACAUAAAUAUGCCAGAUCAUGAUAGAGGAGGGGUUGUUCGAAAUAAAGAGUUUUUACUCGGCACCUUGAAGACACUCAAGAUGGAAAGCGAUAUUGCUCUUCAAAUUGCAAAUCCUACAGCAGUUAAUUCAAACCUUGAGGAACUACAACUAGAAACUAGAAAUUUACAACAUCAAGUUCAAAUGGUUGAGCAACAACUGAGGAUUUUUGAGCCAGACGCCUUGUCCAUUACAUCUAUUGAGGAGCUUGAAUCGUGUGAGAACAACCUCUUGGAUACAUUAUCACGUGUAACAGAAAGAAAGAAAGAUUUAUUAAGUAACCAUUUUUCAACUUUUGAUCCAUCAAGUGUACAGGUAUACUUUGAAGCACAAGAGGGGGUUCCCACCUCUUUUGAGAAUGAAGUUGGUAACUGGUUACCAAACGAUAGUCUACAAAAUCCAAACCAAAUUUGUGUUGGCUCCGAAUCAUCUUAUGUCCACCCAACUCCACGACCUGAAUCUUCUUCAAUAUACGAAAUUCCUGUUCCUCAUGGGACCAAUCUAAACGUUGAUACAUGCAACGUGGGAGGAUGCCCAAUGGGAAAUGAGACAAGUGAAGGGUUAACAUCUUGGCAUCAUAACUAUACAACUACUGAACUCCUCUCAGCCUUAAUGUCACCUUCCUCAUUGAUUCCUUCUCCUAUUAACAAGCAUGGAAUUGCAACAGGCUUACCUCCCAUGAUGUCGCAGCAUCCAGUGGAGACUGCACCCAGCUGCCCGCAAAUGCAAACUACCGGUGUUGAAGAGCCAAAUUACGAGAAUAAUCCGGUCGGAACAACCAUAGAUUGAAUAAGACACCAAAUUAUGCUUGGAAUGUAGCUUGAGCCAAUUGCCCAAGUCAUUUCAACAGCGUAUAAUAUAUAAUUAUUACACACAUUCAUUAUGUAUUAAUAUUCUUUACUUACAACAAUAUAGAAGUCUUAUAUGUAUCAAUAUUUGUUACUUCAAUAUAUAAUUAUGGCAAUUUG